AUGAAUUUCUUUUCAAGCAAACCCAAUAUAAGGAGCACGAAAUCUGAAGUCAUCCACAAAGCAAACAACAAUAAUGUUAGCGGCAACAAUGUCAGCGGGAACGAUGUCAGUGGUAACCAUGUCAGUGGCAGCCACCACAUGGGGAGUCACCAUAUCAGCAGUCACAAUGUAGGUCAUAACGGAAAAAUGCCAAUUGACCCCGGCAGUGGUAAUUUUCCACUUGAAGAUAGCAACGGCUUCCCCUACUCCAACUAUGACGCGGAUAAAAUGUCAGAAAUCCACUACAGUAACAAAGCUUACGACCCCCAGUAUAGCAUGUACAUGAAUAAAGUAACAAACGAAGUGAGGUCUACAAGAAACCACACGUCUUCCCACAGAAUAUAUUCCCCCAGAUCACAAUCCAUAAAUCUGUUUGCUCCAAAAGUGAAUAGGACAUCCAACAUAUCGAGAAAUUUUGAUGACAGAUUAUCAUACAUUUCGUAUUACACCAAUAAUAAGAAAAAACUGAACAAAACGUCUAUCCUGGAGUCUCAUGAUAGUUUCAAAACGCAGGGCAAUUCGCAGAUAGUGGAGCAAUCCCUAGACUUACUUAAACAUUUAGUCAAUCAGGAAAAUAGGGAGCAAUACUUAUCUGCACAGGAAAAUGAAAAAAAAAAUAAAUUAAUAUUAAAAUUGAUUGAUCAAGCGAAAAGAAAUGAUGAAAGAGCACAUAUGUCGCAAACAGAAUGUGCCAGUAACAAUUCUAUGGAUAAUUAUCAAAAAAGAAUGGACAUGCUACAUUUAAAAUUUAUGAAAUUAAAAAAUGAAUAUUCCCAACUUAAUAACGAAAAUGUUAUCCUGAAAAAACAGAUAAGGAAUAUAAAGGACAAUUAUCAUAUGAUAAAUCCGAAAAGUGCUACCGUAUCCUUUCCCCGGGGCUCCAUACAGGAGGAGGUGCCUCGAAGUAACGACAGCUGGAACAGCAGCAACGUCAGCAAUAUUGGCCACGUUAAUAGUGAACAGAGGAUGAGACAGCAACAGGGGGAAAGAGCAAUGCUAAACAAAACGACCAGUAUUAACAGCGUAUAUCCACCUGUGAUUCCCCCAUUUGAAAAAAAAAAAUUAGUAGACUGUCAAGUGCAAACUGAAUGCACCUUAACGAGUCCUAUACCAGACAGCCCCGAUGAUACCAAAGUGGCAGGCUCCCAUUCAACCGUCAACUUUAGUGGGAAUAAUUUAAAUUCCGCCAUGUUAAAUGAUAACUAUCUUAGCAAAUUACGAGAGCAAAUAAGAGACGAAGUUAUAGAAGAAAUCACAAACAAGUUAGAGCAAAAAUACAAAGACGAACUGCUUACGCUCAGACAGUCGGUAGAGAAUAACAAGAUGAACAAUCAAAAUUUCGUGGAAGAAAAUUCCUUUGAUAGUCUCCUCAACAACACUAAGCAUAAACUGGAUGAACAAAUAAAGGAGACAAUUAACAAGUAUAAAAAUGGCCUUUUCGAUCACUUUAAGGAAUUAAUAAAUGAAGCUAGCGAAGGGGGGGAAAAUACAAUUCAAAUGGAUUACCAUGGAGAUGGAAGUGCUAGUGAGAAGGUGAACAUCGGGGUGGAUAACUUUGCUUCUCUCUCCCUUAAUGACAAAAUUAAUGAAUGCAUAAGCUUGUUAGAAAGUAUCACCCAGAAGAAAAUUAACGAUAGAAAAAUAAAAGAGAAAGGAUUCGACAACAACAGUAGUAACAUAAUCAGCGCCCUUAACGACAUCAAUACAGACAUAAGCGACAUUGACCAUAUGAUCGAUAACUUGCAUGCAAAUAUUGGACAGACUCAUUUUACCGACGAUGGAGAGAGCUUCCCAGGAGAACUGGACAUUUUUGGGAAGGCCACCUCCCUUAGUGACGAUUUAGAGUUGGAGGAAAAGGCCAGUCCUAGAUCAUUAAGUGGAGCACUUCAAAGUGGCGGAGAAGGCGAACUGCAGGAAGAAGUAACCACCAGCAGGGGUAAGGCGACAAAAUCCCCCAAAAGGGGAGACAAAAUUGGGGAUAACAUUGACGGUCCAAUGUCUGUUCCUAGCGAUAGUGGCACAUCUAAUCGGAAGGGGACAAAUAGCAUAGAGGGAUACCCUUCCCACAGGAGUAACUUCCACGUGGAGAGCUCCCCACCCGAUGGGAAGAUUGACGUAAUGGGCAAUGUGACAAUGGAGAUUAAUCCUUUUUUGGAAGAAACAGCCGAGGGUGGAGAAGAACCUUUGAUCGACCUAGGAGGUAAAAAUGUGAAUAUGAUUAUGCAUCAUUCGGAGGGUGACAUGCAAGGUGGUAAUAAUAUCGACGUGCAUCCCGAUGUGCAUUACGACGUGAGUACGGAUCAUAACGCGGGGGGGGAGGCAAAUGGCCACUUUAUCCAAGCUCCCCAAGGUGUCUACAACAGCAGGUACACUGUAGAAGGUAUGGCAGAACAGAGUUUUAAUAAUGAGCAAAUGUUCGAUAGUGAGGGAAGCCCUCAUAACUUAACCCCGAACGAUAGCAACCCGUAUGACAGUCCCAAAGGGGACUUCCCAAAAGGGAAGGACAACGAAGCUAUACCCACACAAUUACAUGAUGACAAAAAUAAAGAUAGCGUAGACACUGAAAAGGAAAAGAAAAAAAGCAAAUGGAAAAAUAUUUUCUCCAGCAAAAAAACGAAAAAGAAAAACCUAAGUGACAAUUUCGGUGAUGACACAGAAUUGUGGUCCAAAAAUGAAAAUGAAGAAAAGAAUGUGAAAAGCAACUUGAAUGAGGAAAACUUCUACCAUAGUACCAAUGGUACGAAAGAAAAUAACACCCUACCGAAUAAUGUGCAAAUUGAGGAAGGAGAAAUAGACGUCAUAACGAAUGGUGUAAAUGAUGCCAAGCAGAUUGAAAUACAGAGUGAUCUACAUAAUUUUGCAAGUAUUGGUUAUCCCGCUGACCAACCGUUUAUGCAUCGAUCAGAAGAUGGAAACGGACAAAUGGUUCCAAAAAAUGCAUGCAACGUGAAUAAGGGGGAGGAAGAAUUUCACCACGACAAUGCAAGUGGAAUGAUGAUUGACGCUUUGCCAGUAAAUCGUAGCAGCCAUCACUAUGGCGAAUUCAGCACGCCGCAUAUCAGUAACGAUAACCAUUUCGACGGUAAGGAAAAGUUUAACCACCCUGAAAUGAACCUCCAUGAUGGUAACACUAACAGAGCUCAAAUGAACCCCUUUAAUCACCAAAAUGAUGAAAAUGCGGAAACUAGUAACACAUAUAGUGCAUCAAACGGAAAUAAUCUAUACAUGUAUCAAAGUAAUAACGAAACGAAAAGUGGACCUAAUUAUAAUGCCAAGGGUGACAACGAAGUUAACUACUCUGUGUAUUCGUACAACCCAGCUGCUAAUGACAAAACGGGUUUCCCCUCACCAAGCGAAGAAAGACAUGAGGAAAAACCAUUCUAUAGUGAACAAAAUAACAGUACAAAAAUUUUGAACAAUAAUGAGGAAGGCUAUCGAAAUGAUAACUUCCUUUUUAUAGAAAAUAAUAAUAACGCUUUUGCAAAACAAACAGCGAAUUAUCAAAAUAGCCAAAAUGAAAACUUCGUCAAUUUUUACCAUAACGAUGUGGAUGCUAGUAAUGGAAACAACGGAUUGAAUGGUGCAGACAAAGUGAAUAACCAGUACGAUUUUUUUUACAAUUUGAGUGAGCCCAAUGGGGCAAGCCAUCAAUACCCCCCUUGGGGUUAUCAAAACAGCAAGACCGCCUGCAUAAGCAGCUACAACGGGGAAGGCCACUUUGGCGAAACGGCUGAAAGAAGCCCUCCAAAUCAUUACAGCAAAACGGUCAACAUAAAACGAGUAAAUAGCAGUGCAAUAAAUAUGACGAAGAACUCCACCACUGAUUUGUCACAGAAUGGCCAAGUCAAAUUAUCCACGAAGAGCGAAGUGCACUACAGCUCAUUUAAGGAACAGAAAAAUAAAACAAAAAAAAAUUUAGAAGACCUUUUUGCCUAG